CGGGUGGCAGGAGUUGACGGACGGUCUCUGGCUGCGUUUGGGCGGCCCCGGGACCACGGAAGAGGCUUCCCUGGUCGGCCGCGAUGCCUAGCUCGCGGCGGGUCAGUCAGCUCCUGGAUCUGGAACUGGAGCAGAAAGAGGAAACUGUUUACUGUGGGGAAUACGUGGCACAGGCUGCACAGCUAAGCUCAGAGAAGAGGACCGUAAAGGCCAAGAUGACAAAGACUGAGGAAGAGACAUGGGGGAGCAAAAAAGAUGGCACCAUGGAAAAAAAUGCCUUUGGUGCUUCAUGAAGAAUAUUUCCAGAUAUAUCACAGACAUUAAGCCUUUGCCUCCAAACAUAAAAGACAGACUGAUUAAAAUAAUGAGUACCCAGGGGCAGAUAACAGAUUCAAAUAUAAGUGAGAUUUUACAUCCUGAAGUCCAAACUCUAGAUCUACGGAGCUGUGAUAUUUCAGAUACUGCUCUCCUGCACCUGUGCAACUGCAGAAAGCUGAAGAAAUUAAAUUUAAGUUCCUCAAAAGAAAACAGAAUUUCCAUAACUUCAAAAGGAAUAAAAGCAGUGGCUUCCUCCUGUUCAUACCUGCAUGAAGCUUCUUUGAAAAGAUGCUGCAAUCUCACUGAUGAAGGAGUCCUUGCUCUUGCACGUAACUGCCGGCUACUAAAGAUAAUUGAUUUAGGUGGCUGUUUAGGUAUUACUGAUGUGUCCUUACAUGCAUUAGGAGAAAACUGCCCAUUUUUGCAGUGUGUUGAUUUCUCAGCUACGCAGGUGUCAGAUGAUGGGGUGGUUGCACUUGUUAAUGGACCUUGUGCCAAGAAAUUAGAGGAGAUUCAUAUGGGACAUUGUGUGAAUCUGACUGAUGAAGCUGUAGAAGCUGUCCUCACUUGCUGUCCUCAGAUACGUAUAUUACUCUUCCAUGGAUGCCCCCUAAUAACAGAUCAUUCACGAGAAGUCCUGGAGCAAUUAGUAGGCCCAAACAAACUAAAGCAAGUGACUUGGACUGUUUAUUGAUGCUUAUUGAAGCUUAUCAAAGCAAUGAUCUUCAUACUACAUUCCCAGGAAACAAUGGUUUUUGAGAUUGGCUUUCCAAUAAUGUGGUUUUUGCUUUGAAGUUAACCAGACUCUUAAACAUUUUAAUAGUGGUAUUAUUCUAUGUUUGUUUGAGGAGUCAUUGUUUUUGACAUGGUAAGCCUAGCAUGCCCUCUGAUGUAUUCGGGGGUGGGGGUGGGGGGAGUAUUGUGUUUGUUUCUUAAAUAACAAAGUUUUAAAUUACCAGUUUUCCCUGGAGAUUUCCUUCUCCUACUUACAUAUUUGAGCCAUUGUAAGAGAAAUUUUACCAAUAUGAAUAACCAUUAGAAUUCGAAGUAUCUCUAAAGGCAUAAUUACCUUCCUAACUAUUUUCUGGCCCCUACCUUCCUGAAGUAUUUAAGUGCUCAUUGGCUAAAAGGAAAGCUGAACAUCAGGCCUUUAAAUCUUCCCAGAAUUCAAUAUUUCAAUAAAAGAAAGAAAUAUAAUAGUUUAAUGCCAUAAACCCAUGACAUCAUACACCUCAGCCAUUCAGCAUAUGAAUGUUACUGAGGCCCUUGCCCAGCCACUUACUUUUUAUGGCUACUUUUUCCAAAUACGUGCUAUGUAUCUAUGAAAUUUCUUCCUUAAAAACUGCAUUCAGGAAUUUGUAAGAAUGAGUAGCUACAAAAUAUCAUUAUAGAGGCUGUUUCUAAAGCUCUGUUGGUUUCACAUUGUGAAACAAAUAGCACAGGUCUUAGUUUUCAAACGUAUUGCUCUUUUAUUAUCAUACGUAUACAGUGAAAUAUACAGUGUUUAAACUACCCCCAAAUUCAGAAUAUUCCCUGUGCCAUGAGCCUGUCUCAGUGGGACUUUCUUAAAGAUUUUCUAUUUUAACUCUGAAGUAGUGCAAAAGAAGGGAAGUAUAGCAUAGGCAAAAUUCUUCUACAUGUUUAGAAGGAGGGUUUACACAGUCAACUCUAUUUCUUGACCUUACUAUUGAUUACUUUAUAAAUAUGGUAUGUUUAUAGUAUGGAUAUAUAUAUUGCCCCUCAAAGGUGGUACAUAUGUAUAUGUGUAAAAUGGGUAAAGCCUGUUUUACCUGUGAAUUUUCUUUUAAGUAGGUUCCACCAAUGUGGGGCUUGAACUCAUAACCCUAAAAUUAAGACUCACCUCCUCUACGAACUGAGCCAGCCAGCUACCCCUAAAGACAAAUUCAAUAAAAUUUAAUAGUAAAUAUCAAACAAAGUAGCUUUUUCCUCUCUUGGGGAAACAAGUUUUAAGAUCUGAAGAUCAGCUUUUUAGGGUCUGUAAAGGAUUAUCUUCCUAAAGCACUUUGCAGUUUAAUAUUCUUGACUUUUUAUAUUGCUGGUUGUAUUAGCUAUUUCUAUUUAAAAUUUCAGGACCCCGUGCCUAUCUAUCUCUAUCAUCCUCACCUGUUACCUUGAUCUCUAUUUUUCUCCUUACCAUCUAUCACCAUCUGACAUCUUGUCUAUUUUUUGUUUACUGUCUGUCUCCCCACCCUAGAAUAUAAGCUUCACAAAGACAGAAAAAAUUUUUUUCCCGUUGCUGUAUUCCCAGUACCUAGAACAGUAUCUGGUACAUAACAAACACCCAAUAUUUGUUGAAUUGAUGGACACAGAAAAAAAUAAAGGACAAAAAUAAAUAAAUAAAAAUAAUCUCCGUACUUCCAGUUUCCAGUCUGAUGUUAUAAAGAGAUUGGAAGUCAUCACUCCUGUCCUCGAAAGAUAAAAGCUGAACAAACUGAAAGUCAUUAAGUGCUACAAUACUCCUUGUACUAUAAGUGGACUCGGCCUAGUCAUAAAUGUAUACCACUAAAAAAAAUUUUUUUUAGUAUGUAUAAUUGAUAUCCUAAGGGAAGAGAGAAAAUCAUAGAAAAUGCUCAAUUAAAAGCAGAGAAGGCACAGGGCACCUGGGUGGCUCAGUCAGUUAAGCGUCUGACUUCAGGUCAGGUCAUUAUCUUGCAGUUGGUGAGUUUGAGCCCCACUUCACGCUCUGUGCUCACAGCUCAGAGCCUGGAGCCUGCUUCGGAUUCUUUGUCUCCCUCUCUCUCUGCCCCUCCCCCUGUGCUCUCUCUCUCUCUCUCUCUCAAAAAUAAACAUUAAAAAAAAAUUUUUUUUUUAAAGCAGAGAAGGCAGGGGGCACCUGGGUGGCCCAGUCAGUUAAGCGCCUGGCUUUGGCUCAGAUCAUGAUCUCACAGUACAUGAGUUCGAGCCCUGCAUCAGGCUCUGUGCUGACAGCGCAAAGCCUGAAACCUGCUUCAGAGUCUGUGUUUCCCUCUCUCUGCCCUCCCCUGCUCACACUCUGUCUCUCGCUCUAUCUCUCUCUCAAAAAUAAACAUUAAACAAAAAAAACUUUAAAGCAGAGAAGGCAGGACAAGAGUAGAACACCAAAAGGAAACCAGGAACUCGGGCAACAAAUAGGAAACAGUUACAAAUAUGGAAGAUAUUAAUCCAACUAUAUCAAUAACCACUUUAAAAUUGAAUGGUCCUUUUUUAUUAUUUUUUUUAAUGUUUAUUUAUUUUUGGGGCACCUGGGUGGCUCAGUUGGUUAGGUGUCCAACUUCAGCUCAGGUCAUGACCUCACAACUCUGUGGGUUUGAGCCCCGCAUCUGGCUCUGCACUGACAGCUCAGAGGCUGGAGCCUGCUUCGGAUUCUGUGUCUCCCUCUGUCUCUGCCCCUCCCCUGCUCAUGCUCAGUCUCUCUCUCUCUCUCUUUCUCUCAAAAAUAAACAUUAAAAAACAUUUAAAAAAUUUAAAAAUAAAUGUUUAUUUUUGAGAGAGAGCACACGCAAGCAGGGGAGGGGCAGAAAGAGGAAGACACAGAAUCUCAAGCAGGCUCCAUGCUCUGAGCUGUCAGCACAGAGCCCGAUGCGGGGCUUGAACCCAUGAACCGUGAAAUCAUGACCUGAGCCGAAGUUGGACAUUUAACUGACUGAGCCACCCAGGCGCUCCCUGAAUGGUCCUUUUUUAAAAAAAAAAAAGGAUUUUUUUAAGUAAUGUCUACACUCAACGUGGGGUGAGAUCAAGAGUCCCAUGCUCCACUAAUUGAGCCAGCCAGGCACCACUAAAUGUGAAUAGUCUUAAUACAAACCUGUUUGUUAAACUAUGAAGUCCUUCACGGCUCACCAUUAUAUACAUGGGAGAUUUUAAAAUAAGUAACAUUUGGAUACCUCAACGACCUUCUUGUGCCCUCCCAAUAAAUCACCAAGAGAGGAUAAUAGAAGCAGGGUUCGUAGAUAUUUAGGCUUAAAUCUUCUCUUUGUCUCAGGUUAAUUUCCACAGUGCUCCAGAGUGUAAUUUUCUCCCAUUUUUCUUUCUUAUCUUGCUAAGAAGGGCAAUAAUCAGCAGAAUACUCUGAAUCUUCAAAGGAUAUGUCAAUAAAACUCUUUCCUCUCAAAUAUCAUCCAAUGCCAUUGUAGCCUAUAAUUUCUAUUAAUUUUAACCAAGGCUGAAUAAAAAUUUACAGUUGAUAAUGUUUGAGACCAGUAACCAGCAGGAAUUAGAUGCAGAAGAGUUGUUUCAGUAGGCUGGAAUAAAUUCUGACUUCCAAGUUCAAGAAUCCCAAGUUCCUCUGCAGCCCCAGCUCCAAAAUUCCCAUCUAAUUAUCCUAUUUUCCUAUUUAAGCAACAACUUGUCCUUUACUGCUUUCUGCACAUUUCUGCUGUAUGACUAUAACUGAUCACAUCUCCUUGGUACCCUAAUCCCAGUGGCAUGCAUGUAUUAUUAGAAAGCUUACAUAUAAUGCGUAUGUUAUAAAUAAUUCCUAAGCAGUGUAUAAGAACGUGAGAGCACAUUAGAAAGGCUGCAUCUUCUACUUCACUUGUAACAUAUAUGAUGCUGGUGUUUAGUUUUAAAUUAGAGAAUAGAAAAUGUAGUACAUAGGGGCACCUGGGAGGCUCAGUAGGUUAAGCGUCUGAUAUCAGCUCAGGUCAUGAUCUCACAGUUCAUGAGUUCAAGCCCCGCGUUGCCUUGCUGCUGUCAGGGUGGAGCCCUCUUCAGAUUUUGUCCCCCUCUCUCUGCCCUUUGCCCACUUGUGCUCACUGUCUCAAAACUAAACAUUAAAAAAAGUAAAAAAAAAAAAAAAAAAAAGGAAAAGAAAGAAAAUGUAGUACAUAUAAUUAGUACAAAAUUAUAAGACCCAAAGGUAAAAUCUAGGUCUCCCUCCCACCCCAGUCUACCAGCUAUCUGGUACCCUACCCCGAACACAACCACUGUUACCAGUUACUUAUUUAUCUUUUCAGGGAUAGUCUAUGUAUGUUGCAAGCAAAUAUGUAUUUUAUAUGUGAACAUAUAUGUAAGUACAUAUGUAUAUCUCUUCUAUAUAAAUAGUGGUAUACUGUACAUAUUCUUCUUUACAUUCUCAUUUAUGUCAUAGGGUUUUUUCUGAUUUAUCAGAUCCUGACAACCUGGGACAUGUAGUGGCAGCAUAACCAAUUUCUAGCUAACCUUAGCGAGACAUAAAGAGGCAUCAUAAGGUGUCACAGUACAGAGUAUGUAGGAAAUUCUAGAAUCUUUAUUUUUAUGCAUGACUGUCCAUUGAGGUCCUAUUAUAUAUUAUGUACUUUAUGCUUUCAUUUAAUAUAAUAGCCUUUGAGGUGAGGUUUACUAAGUUUUGUUACAAUUUUAUAGAUGAGGAAAUUAGAGCUCAGAGAGCUUUACCUGAAAAUCCCAACUAGAAAGUGACAGAGUUGCCUGACUCCAAAGCCCAUGUACUCUGUACCAUGUUAACUGCAUCUUUGAUCUUUACAGGUGAUUUUUUGGAAAUACAGCAUUCUUAUAUAUUUUGUAUUGUGUUUAAUUCAAAGAUAUAUCAUAUAGUUGUCCUCAACUACACAAACAGACUUUGCUACACUUUCUCAUUUCUCUCCACUACUUAAAUUACAUGUUGCUACCAUUUUGGUACUGUCUUUUAUAGUUCUAUCCCUACAGCAGUAAAACUAGAAAAUUGCAGGUAGAGAUUUGUAUAUUUGGCAUAAUGCAGAACUACGUGACAAUGGCUGACAAAACUUUAAGCCUUCACAUUUUGGAAACAAGAUUUGCCAUUUAACAGGAAUGGCAUGCUCUAAACUGGCAGGUCUCUUAGGAGUAAACCCAAACAUAGCUAUAUUCAUCUUAGAAGCACUUGGACAACUCAAGGCCGAAAAUCCCAUACUGUGCUUGUUGUCAAUCCAUUGUUUUCCUUCCUAGUAGGCUCUGGAAGUGAAUAUUCUACCACUUUGUGCAGCUGAUGUUGAAUGCUAUGUCCACUGAACUGGGGUCGCCCAGGGUCACCAAUCAGUACUCGAGUUCUGUGAGUCCAAAAGCAACUCUUCAGCCAUUGAUGAAGACUGUCUGCAAGGUCUUCAUCAUAAAACAUGUCUCCAAGCACAACAAGGUCCCACUUAUCUUGUUCCAAAUCCAAAAUGUUUUUGGUUAAAAUUGGAAAAGGAUUCAGUUGGUUCAAUUCACAAUUCAGUGUGAUAGCCAUUCCUGCAACUUUAAAAAGAACAAAAUGCAUUGGUAUAUGCUGGGCAGUUUUGAUUCCCUAUUGGUUCAUUUAAGUGAUUCAGAAAAUCUCCUAACAAUAUUUUUUCCCUUUUGUUGUAAGUUGUUUUUUAGGUAAAGCAGUUUACACCAAUAGAAACCAUUUACUGCUUCAGAUAUAUGAAUGGAUAUCCUGAAAACAAAACAAAACAACACAAAACACCUAAAACUGUGGAGGUUUUAAGGAACAUUUGCUGACCUAGAAACCAAGAGGUUUGGUUUGUUAGUCUAGAAGACAGGGAAACAAACCUUGGGCUUGAGCAAUGUGGCAAGUUAGAACUGAGACCCCUGUAUAAAACAAGAUCUUCAAGAGCUAAAUCCUCGGUAAAACUGAAAACUAAAAGAAACUCGGAUGAAAUUAAAACUUACCUGUCUCAACUUGGGUUUUAAUGGACUAAAAUCUCCCUUAAGAACCCAAGGCCUCUCCUCACUUCGGUUUGGGGUCAAAUACACACAACCUACAUAUUUCAGGAAAUUCGCAGCCCAGAAAUUAACGUGAGUGCUCCCAGGCUCCCAAGUGGUAUCGCCUUGGGAUAUCUGACAGACAUAAAUAUAAAUCCUGUUAAGAAAAAUGUACUUAAUUCAGGCCUCACAGGAUCCUCACAGAUAAUAUCAAUAUCCCACUGAACAUAAGUUCACGAUAUCAGAUUACAAAAUACGCAUGGAAAUAAGCUAUCACGUUGAGGCAUCUAUAGAUAUUUAUCCUGAAAGAAAAUAGAGUUUUAAAUAUUUUUAAAUAUGAAAUCCUUACUAGGGUCUAUGUCGUUGGCCAAGAUCCUCGAUGCCCCGCCCAUCUUAGCAGCAAUAGCUGUAGCUCCACAUCCACUCCCAAGAUCCAAUACAGACCUUCCUCUGACAACAUCAGGAUUAUCCAAAAGAUACCUAAAUAGAAAGAAAGAAAAAAAAACACUAUCUGAGAUGGGAGAAGGUCAGUAAGAAGUAUAAAAGAAAUGGCGGAGUGCCUGGGUGGCUUGGUCAGUUAAGCGUCCGACUUCGGAUCAGGUCAUGAUCUCACCGUCCAGGAGUUCCAGCCCCGCGUUGGGCUCUGUGCUGACAGCUCAGAGCCUGGAGCCUGUUUCAGAUUCUGUGUCUCCCUCUCUCUCUGCUCCUCCCCUGUUCAUGCUCUGUCUCUGUCUCAAAAAUAAAUAAACGUUAAAAAAAAAAAUUUUUUUU